CCUCUUUGGUGAGACACGAAAUCGUUUGUUUGCGGAACCUUUGUGGCGGAAACUCGUUUUAAGACGGAAUAUCGAGGCCGACGCACUCACACAGAUGUACAUUUGAAUCUCCCUUGGAUGUUUGACGUUUUAUUCAUCGUAAAGUUAUGCUCUUGUUCUUCAAAUUAAUAAUGUGAACUCGUCUGUUAUCUUUUAUCGAGUUUUAAAACCAGUCCUAAAAUGAGGCAAAUAGUCCACAAAUCAUUGCUUUACAUCGUUAAAUCAGCACGGACAUCGCCGAAAAACGCCGGCUAUGCACUGCGUGGGCUGUCCACAGCCUCUGACCCGAACACAAAGGUUUGCAUUGUGGGAGGAGGUCCGGCUGGUUUCUACACAGCCCAGCACCUUAUAAAGGGUCGUCCCGAUGUUCAGGUGGAUGUCUACGAGCGCCUCCCUGUCCCGUUCGGCCUUGUGAGGUUUGGAGUAGCCCCUGACCACCCCGAGGUCAAGAAUGUCAUAAACACCUUCACCCAGACAGCCCAGCACCAGCGCUGCCGAUUUUUUGGAAAUGUCAAUGUAGGCAAGGACGUGAGUGUGGAGGAGCUGAGGCAGGCUUAUCAUGCAGUGGUGAUGAGCUACGGUGCUGAGGGGAACCGCACUAUGGGUGUACCUGGUGAGCACCUGCCUGGUGUGUACUCCGCCAAAGACUUUGUGGGCUGGUACAACGGGCUGCCCUACAACAAAGAGCUCCAACCAGACCUCAGCCAUGACACAGCUGUGAUCCUUGGUCAGGGAAAUGUUGCACUAGAUGUUGCUCGGAUACUUCUUGCUCCCCUAGACAUGCUGAAGAAGACAGACAUUACCCAAGCUGCCCUGGACGCCUUGGCGAGCAGCAAGGUCCGGAGGGUGCUGAUUGUGGGUCGUCGCGGUCCGAUGCAGGUGGCCUGCACCAUCAAGGAACUGCGUGAGAUGGUGAAUCUGCCCGGGAUACAACCUGACAUGUUAAUUGAUGACUUUCAGGGCAUAAAUGAGGCCUUAAAAGACCUGCCACGGCCCAGAAAGAGACUGACGGAGCUAAUGCUGAAGGCGCUGAAGGAGCAGGCUGCUAAAGAGGCACACAGGAAGUGGGGUUUCCGUUUCCUGCGUAGCCCUCAAGAGGUGCUGGCCAGCAGAGACGGUUCACGAGCCGCCGCCAUCCGAUUGGCUCUCAACAGGCUGGAGGGGUCGGGCGAGGGGGCGCGUGCUGUGCCCACCGGUGAGGUGGAGGAGGUGCAGUGCGGCGUCAUCAUCAGUAGCAUCGGCUACAAGAGCCUAGCCAUCGACCCCGCCGUGCCCUAUGACCCCCGCAAAGCCAUCAUCCCCAACAACAUGGGCCGCGUCCAGGAGACCACAGGUCUGUACUGCAGUGGCUGGGUGAAGAGAGGUCCCACCGGUGUCAUAGCAACCACCAUGAAUGACAGCUUUGACACAGGGCGCGUGCUGCUUCAGGAUCUGGACUCGGGAGCCAUCAACCUCUCUGAGGCGAAGCCUGGAGCGCAGGGUAUAGCGCCCCUACUGGAGAAGAGAGGGGUGCGUCCUGUGUCGUUUCGUGACUGGGAGAAGAUAAACAGUGAGGAGGUGAGGAGAGGAGAGGCGCAGGGGAAACCCCGAGAGAAGAUGCUGGACGUGCAGGAGAUGCUCUCCGUCGCCUGGUCCUGAGGGGGGCCCAGACACUGCUCACAAACAUCUCAAAAACAUUACACAAACAUGACACAAACGUAUCAAAAUACCGCGCACAAACUCCUCAAAAACAUACACAAACGUCUCACAAACAUCACACAAAUGUCUCAAAACACUGUAUGCAAACGUCUCAAAACACCACUCACUACUGUCUCAAAACACUGCACAAAAAGCUGCUCAAAACACCUCAC